GCAGCACCCUUUGAUAUCAACCCCGAGAUAGCGUUACUCCGCACAUCAUCUCUAGAGACCGGGACCCGCGUCCAAGGUUUCCGCGACGCCGUGCGGGCGCGAGAUCAACGAUGCGUGAUAACGGGACAGAAGGUUCGAGCAGCGCGGGACGUCUGGCGCGGCUUCGAGACAGCACACAUAUUCCCGCUCGCCUACGAGCGGUUCUGGACUGAGCACGACUACGGCCGCUGGAUCUCGAUGGUCCCAGAGGUCGGGGGACCUAUUAAUUCAGUCCAGAAUGGCUUGCUGCUGCGCACUGAUAUCCAUCAGCUAUUUGACGCUUAUGACUUCUCCAUCAACCCUGAUGACAAUUAUAAGAUCGUAGGCUUUGACCUCAAUCUCGGCUUCGACGUUAACAGCGUCGAGUUUGCGGGUCAACAUCUCGAUUCCAGAUUUCUCGAGGAUCCUCGAAGACCCGUCGACCAGCUCCUACGUUGGCAUUUCAGACAGGCCGUUCUUGUGAAUGUAAGAGGCACCGGCGAGCCGGUCUUAGAACAUGAUUUCCCACCGGGCUCGGAUAUGGUGGGGAGUAUACUUAAGGGCCCGAAGCCUGCGGAAAGGAUGGAGUUCGAGCUGUUUAAUCGCAUGGCGACGCAGUUUGAGAACUUGUAG